CAGACACACCUAGCCAUGGGCUGCUGUAACAGAAGGUGCGGGCUGAUUGCCGGAGCCGCGUUUGGGGCGGCGGUCGCAAUUCUGGGAGGCAUCCUUAUCCCGCUGGGGAACAGCGUCAUUGAGGGGACAGUGGAGAAGGAAGCUGUGAUCGAGCCCGGUACAACAGCAUAUGAGAACUGGGUGUCUGCAGGGGCGGUGGUGUACCGGCAGUUCUGGCUCUUUGACGUGAAGAACCCUCUCGAGGUUUUGCAGCAUGGCUCAAAGCCUGUGGUGAUAGAGAAAGGACCUUACACAUACAAGACAAGAUACUUACCCAAAGAGAAUAUCACAUCCAACCCCAAUUUCACUGUGUCCUUCCUGCUCCCUGCGGGUGCCAUCUUUGAGCCGUCCAUGUCAGUGGGACCCGAGGAAGACGAAGUCACCUCGCUUAACCUGGCUGUGGCUGGAGCCUACUCACUGGUUCCCAAAGUGCUGCAUAUUGUUCUGGACCGUUUGAUCAAGACCACCAACUCCUCCUUGUUCCAGCGCCGCACCGUCAAAGAUAUCCUGUGGGGUUACACAGACCCAAUACUGAAAGGGACCGUGGGAGUUUUCUCACCUUACAAUGGUACCUACGAUGGCUACUACAACAUCCACACUGGAAAGGAUGACAUCUCUAAAGUGGGGCUUAUUGACAGGUGGCAAGGAGAGAGGAGUGUACCUUUCUGGAAUGACACAUACUGCAACAUGAUCAACGGGACGGAUGCCUCUUCCUUCCAGCCCUUUGUGGACAAGAAGAAGCCUCUCUAUUUCUUCGCCUCAGACAUCUGCAGGUCGGUGUCUGCCAGCUAUGAGGCCAGUCUGGAUUUGAAGGGGAUCGAGGUGUACCGUUACGGCCUCCUCCCAUCCACCCUUGCCUCCCCUGUGGUCAAUCCAGACAACCACUGCUUCUGCAAGAACCGCUUGGUCACCAAGAACUGCACAGUAGCUGGUGUACUGGACACCGGCUCCUGUCGAGAUGGAGCCCCCGUCUACAUAUCUCUACCUCACUUUCUCCACGGCAGCCCGAGUCUGAGGGAGGACGUGCUGGGCCUCAGUCCCAGCGGGGAGCACCACUCCACCUACCUGGACGUGGAACCUACUACUGGGUUCACGCUGAGGUUUGCGAAGCGACUCCAGGUGAACAUGAUGUAUGGGCCAUCCAAGAUUAUCAAGGUGCUUAAGAAUGUGAAGGACUACACCAUAUUCCCUAUUGUUUGGCUGAACGAGACGGCUGCCGUGGACGAUGCGACGGCAGACAUGUUUAAGGAUAAGCUCAUCUACCCCAUCACCCUGCUGGAGAUAAUACAGCUGACCCUCAUGGUCGCGGGCGCCUCCAUCUUCCUUCUCUGCCUUAUCGUGUACUGUUUGCAGAGGACGCAGAAUGGCCGACACCGAGGCAAACUGGUGUGAGCGGAUGAGGCCAAAGCCUUUGUGUUAUGUGAUAUAGGCGUGCGGCGCACAGUGGCGCCCCCAGAAAUGUUUCAUAGGGGUGGCCAAAUGGGGCCCACUGAAAAUCUUGGGGUCGCACACCAAAAGCCACGACUGAAUUUCGGGAAUUGUAUUAUGCUGUUGUAGUAUACUGUAUAGGCUCAAUAUUAGAGUUAAGAAAAAUAUACAUUAUUAAUUUAAAUGAACAGCACCUAAUGUAAAAUAUCAGACAGAAGCAUAUUAUGCAUAAUCAGAAGCAUAUUCUGCAUAUGUGACUCGUGGC